AUGGCUACCACGUUGAAUCAAUGGGGCGAAAUCAACAUUCUCGAGGUUGAAGAUAGACCUUACGGUCAGCCGCUAUCCACUGUAUUCGGCCCACCUGGUAAGGCGAUGUCAUUUGACGGAGACGACGACGAUGAUCCGUUAUUGCCCACUCUUCGCAUGCUUAACUAUCGCUACGUGCGUCUAUUCUUUCAUCCGACUCAGGACAUGUUUGUGCUUUUCCAUGGUUGGAAAGACCCAGCCUGGACUGAUGUGUGGUCGGCACGCACUGGCAUUGAUGAGGAGGAGCGCAGUAUUCGUGAAACAGUCUUCGGCUUAAACCUCAUCGAUAUAGAGCAAAAGUCAAUCCCGAAGCUUCUCGUUGAUGAAGUUUUCCAUCCGUUCUACGUCUUCCAGAUUGCCAGUCUGAUCCUCUGGUCUUUGGACGAAUAUUAUUACUAUGCCGCGUGCAUCUUUCUAAUGUCCGUAGGGAGUAUAACUACCACACUGAUUGAAACGCGAGCCACAAUGCGCCGCCUCAGAGAUAUAUCACGUUUCGAAUGUGAUGUUCGCGUGCUAAGAAACGGCUUUUGGCGGUAUAUUUCCUCUGGCGAUAUGGUUCCAGGCGAUGUGUAUGAAGUCAGCGAUCCAGCCCUCGCACAAUUUCCGGCGGAUAGCGUUCUGCUAAGCGGCGAUUGUAUUGUCAACGAGAGCAUGUUAACAGGCGAGUCAGUCCCUGUUUCAAAAUUCCCUGCAACAAAUGAAUCUUUACGGCAACUGGACCUCGCUGCCUCUACCAUGACACCUGCAAUGGUUAGACAUUUUCUUUUUUGCGGGACAAGGAUCAUCCGUGCUCGGCGGCCUCAGGAAGACCGUCACGGAGAGGCCGUUGCCCUUGGUCUCGUGGUGAGGACCGGCUUCAACACAACCAAAGGGGCUUUGGUCCGUUCUAUGCUCUUCCCAAAACCAUCGGGCUUCAAAUUUUAUAGGGAUUCCUUCCGGUAUAUCAGUGUCAUGGCUGUCGUCGCCAUGUUUGGAUUCAUUGCUUCUUUAAUCAACUUCAUCAGGCUGCGGAUCGAAUGGCACGAGAUCAUUGUUCGGGCGCUAGAUCUAGUUACGAUUGUUGUUCCACCAGCUCUUCCCGCAACCCUAGCCAUCGGGACGAAUUUCGCAAUUUCUCGAUUGAAGCGGAAACAGAUCUUUUGCAUAAGUCCCCAACGAGUCAACGUCGGCGGAAAGUUGGACAUCAUGUGCUUUGACAAAACAGGAACUCUAACCGAGGAUGGCCUUGAUGUCCUUGGCAUUCGAAUUGUGUCACGGACGGAAAACAAGUUUUGCGAAACUGUAUCGCGACCGGAGCACCUACGUGAAUUUGCUCUUGAGCGUGACCCAGACCAAAUCGCGUCCCAAACCUAUCGGUCUGCUCUUUUUACGAUGGCAACGUGUCACUCACUUCGCUCCGUCGAUGGGGAACUUGUCGGGGAUCCUCUUGACCUGAAGAUGUUUGAAUUUACCGGGUGGAACUUUGAAGAGGGUGAUCAAGGCACCGGCGAGCAUGAUGACGAGGACCAAGGCGGUAUCUCGCCUUCUAUUGCCAGGCCUCCUCAACAACCUCCGCUCGGCACGUCAGAUAGCGGAUCUGAUCCAAGAAGUGCUCUUGAACUUGGUAUUCUCAAAUCGUUCGAGUUCGUGUCCCAGCUCCGAAGGAGUAGUGUGAUUGUGCGGCAUUUUGGUCAACAGAGUGGCGACGUGUAUGUCAAAGGCGCCCCUGAGUGCCUGAAGGAAAUUUGCCGGGAAGAGACAUUUCCCGAAGAUUACGAUGAGCUUCUGUCUUACUAUACACACCAGGGGUACAGGGUCAUCGGCUGCGCCACGAGGCAUAUCCGGAAAUUAAGCUGGCUGAAAGCUCAAAAAAUGAAAAGAGAGGAAGCCGAGUCAGACCUGGAGUUUAUCGGAUUCAUAGUCUUCGAAAAUAAGCUAAAGCCAACAACUGAGGCGGUGCUCGCGGAGAUCGGAGACGCAAACAUUGCAACAGUUAUGGUAACAGGAGACAACAUCUUGACGGCCAUCAGUGUCGCCCGUAAAAGCGGGUUGAUGGACCGAAGUGCCCACUGCUUCGUCCCACGAUUUGUUGAGGGUACCUUCCAGGAUCCCAACGCCCGUCUUCAGUGGGAAAGUAUCGAUAAUCACCAAUAUCAAUUGAAUAGUGAGACCCUAGCACUUUGCCCUUUGCCUCCCCAAGUCGACGCUUCUUUACCAUACGACAUCAUAAAUCUUCGGAACUACUCGCUUGCAGUUAGCGGUGAAGUGUUCCGUUGGGUUGUGGAUUUCGCGCCACCGCUCGUCUUGCAACGUCUUCUCGUGCGAGGAAAGGUGUAUGCCCGAAUGUCACCAGAUGAAAAACAUGAACUGGUGGAGAAACUCCAGAGCAUUGGUUACUCAUGCGGUUUUUGCGGCGAUGGCGCAAAUGAUUGUGGAGCACUAAAGGCCGCCGAUGUUGGAAUCUCGCUGUCUGAGGCGGAGGCAUCUGUAGCAGCGCCUUUUACAUCCAGGGUCUUCGAUAUCCGCUGCGUACCAGAGAUCAUACGCGAGGGGCGCGCAUCACUUGUCACGAGCUUUAGUUGCUUCAAGUACAUGAGCUUAUACUCAGCAAUCCAGUUCACCACGGUGAGCUUUCUCUACGCUGCGGCUUCUAAUCUGGGUGAUUUCCAAUUUCUCUUCAUUGACCUCUUCUUGAUUUUGCCCAUUGCCAUUUUUAUGAGCUGGGGAGGUCCCCAUCCCGUGCUCUGGCCAUUCUUGGUCACCGUUUUCACGACGCUACUUGUUACGCUCUACAUGAUCAUCAGCCCCGCGGCGCCGGUGAAGAGGCUGAUGCAGUUAACUAAAACCCGCUGGGACUUCCAACUGUUCACGAUCUUCCUUGGAGCGCUCUAUGUCCUUCUGGCCUGGGUAUCAGAUAGAAUACUCUUUCCGCGGCUAGCACGCCUGUUUGGCGCUCUAAAACUCCGCAUCACUAAGACGCCGAAGAAAAGGAAGGAAUACAAGGUUAUCCUAGAGGCUAUACCUUCCUAA